AUGAUUUCUUCUAACCAGCUCAUAUCAUAUUUUGAGCUGGUUCAAGAGAUUAAAGCCAAAGACGAAUGCCUGGUUAAUCUGGAGAAAUCAUUUUUGCAAAAUAUACCGAAUUUAACACAGAAUGAUAAAGAACUUACUAAUUUUAAAUACGAUGGAACAAAAUCAAUCGAAAAAUUCAUUAAAGAUGCCAAUAUAGUAUCCAAUUGCGCCAAUGUUAUUAUUCCAACUCUCACAAAUGCAGCAGAUCAAACGAUAUCCAUUCAGAUUCUCUUAGCAAAAAUCAUUUAUCUCUCAUUUUCUCUUUUAGAUUUGAAAGAUUAUACAAAUAUCGAUGAUAAAUUUUGCAAUUUUAUGUCAGAAUUAGAAAAAAUUAAUUGUUUGUCAACAAAAAAUAGCGAUCUGAUACAACUAGCUUUCGCAUUAGUAUCUAUAUAUUUCACUUCUUAUGAACGAUUUAUCCUAUCUUUACGCACUUUGACACAUUUUUGCAAAUACCUUGAAACAAUGCCACCUUUUGAUCAAGGCAGUUAUACUUUCAUUGCCGCCAUAUUUGCGAGAAUGCCAAUCAAUCUAAAUCCCGAUUUUUUCGACGAAUUUGCAGAUUCAAUUUUAGUUUUAUUUGAAAAGAAAGCACCAUAUUUGAUGGUUGAAAAACCAACCACGCUUGUGGAUUUAUUUACAUCAUCAUUUCAUCGUUUUGAUGUUCGAUCUCUCAAUAUUAUUUCGAGUUUUUCUCUUUAUUCACAAUGCGAUAACCUAUUAGCAAUGUACGCAUCGUUACCAUCGAUACUUAUCUCAGAGAUUAGCAAAUACCAAAUGUCAUACACAAAAAAAUACCAAAAUAUUCCUUCAGCUUAUGAAGUGAAAUUCGACCCAAAUAGGAUAUUCAAAAUACCUCUCAACAUUCCUGAAAUAUAUACAUCGUUAUCUUUUGAAAAAGUCGAAGAUAAUAUCACAUUAUUAGACGUUUUUCAUCCAAACUUACAAUCAAUCAUGAACAGACUAAGCGACGCACUCACAAACUCAUCAAUGUCGGCAAUUAUGAACUUUAUCCAAUCUUACGGCAAAAUUGUAGAUCUGACAUAUCAAGCACCGAAUACUAUCUAUGUUUUAGCUGGUUUCGUAUACAUAAUGAACCAGAUUAAAAAUCUGUCUAAGACAAAAUCGAUAAUUUCAAAGCUUUUGUCGUCAAUGUUAUUUCAAUUGAAUUAUUCCGUAUUUACAUGCGAAGAUAGUGAUCCAGUACUCGGCCUUUUACGAAAUAUAGUGAUUAAUCGUAUAGUUCAGAUCGACCAAAUGCUUUUGAUGCAGAUUUUAGCACUUGGAAGUACAAAUCCGCACAUGUUCGUAGAAUUUAUCCUGAGAAUAUACAAAACUAACGUUGCUCUUGACUAUACAAUCUUCGCGCAUGCAAAUCUAGUGUCAUUAAUACUAGAUGUUGGUACAAAACUUUCUGAGAUAAAAGAUGUCACUUUUAUUGAUCAAGAAAAAGUAAUUUAUUUUACUUUCUUGUUCAACUGUCUUGCAAACAAGAGUUUUCUUCAAGUUGCAUUCAGUAAUAUUGAUUUCGUCAGAGUUUUCCUAAAUUUAGGAAAAGAUUUUUCGAUGCUCACCAAGAUCUUCAAUGUUUUGAAGACAUUGUACAUAGAAGAAUGUGAUACAUCAGCUUUAGAGAAGUAUAUGACCAACUCUGACUUCUUUUUGAGUGAUUUCGACUUAAAUUACAAAGAAAGAGUCGUAAAACUCAUCGAAGACAUCUACGUUUGCCAUCCAAACUCCCAACAGAACUUGAAACCAUUAAUCAUCAAAAUAACAGAACUUUUAAACUCCCAAAAAAGUCAAAAAAUCAUGAUGUCACUUUUGGAAAUUUAUUCUCAUAGAAAAGAAGGUUUGUCUGAUUACGAAACAAUGACAUUAUUCAAUUGUUUCAAAACUUUCUUUAGACAAAAAGUGCCAAAAGACGAUAAAAGUGACACCCCAAAAAUUUCAGAAGAAAAACCACCAGAAAAACGAAAAAGGGAGAAAUCGCCAAUCAAGAAAUCAAACAGUGGAAUGGUUAAACCACCAGAACAAACCAAAAAUAAUUUGAAACGAUCGCAAAGUGACAUUUGUUACAAAAAUUGUGAUGAUAGUGAUGAAAUCGAAAUUAACAAGUGUUUGCAAGCGAAAGUAUUAGCAAAGAUAUGGGAAAUAUGCUGUGGAUCAACAGCUGUCAUUUCAUUACAACAAGCACAUUUGUUCCAACCUUCUGCUUUACCUCUUUUGUUUUUCUUUUAUCGAAAAACUGACAAAUUAAUUGAAAUUUUUCUGGAUCAAAUUGAGUUUUCUUUCUUUAACUGCUACAAAUUACACGAAGGAUUCGUUGAUUACAUAAUUCUUAAAUACCUUAGCUCGUUAAAGAAAAUUAAGUUCCAUAAUUGUUCUCUAAGACUAGAAAUUUCAAAUAUUGAGAACGCUCUCAAAUUAAUUGAAACAAUUCAGAAGUUUACAAGUGAUAAUUCAAUACUUUCUUUGUAUCUUGAUAUUAUUAAUGAAAAUCAAUCUGAAAAUGUUCUGAAAAUUUGCCAAAGUUUGGAAUGCAGUUUGACAUCCACUUUUUCAAUGUCAAAACCGUUAUUUAGUUUAGGAUUCAUGGAUUCACAGUUUGUAACAAAAACAACAGAAAAACUGUUUGACAACGGUUUUACUGCAAGUUUUAUUGUUAAAAUUGCUCAUAGAUCUCUUAAUAGUUUUAACCUUAAUUUGUCACUUUUUAUGAUUAAUGAUUCACAAGGUAAUUUGUUGAGAGUUUUUUUGAGCAACAACAGUUUGAUGAUGGUAAUAAAAUUCAACAGAAAGAAGAUUGUUGCAAACUUAGCGAGAAGUUUCUUAUCCGAUGAAUGGAUCCAUAUAAUGAUUUCUGUUUUGAUUGAUGAUACAAAUGGAAUGACCGUUUUCCCUGUAAUUGAUGACAAUUUGGUUGACGCAGUCCCUAUAAAAGUUAAACCAGUAUUCAAUCAAAAUCUUUCAAUUGUUUUGGGAGGUUUUGACGAAUGUGAAGUGAAUCCGGCAUUUUCUGACACGCCCAUCGGAAUUACACAUAGUUUUUCAUUCUUCAACAGACCGUUGACUGAUGAAGAAUGUGCUGUUCUCAAAAAUAAUCCUUUGGACACGAAAUACAAUCCGAUUUUGACAUCAAUGAAUUUUUCGAAAUCUGACGGUUUUGUUUUACAUCCUUCUACUAUUUGUGAAGUUUGUUUGGAGAAUAAUGUUACAAAAACACUUGACAAAUUCUUUGAACAAAGAAAAGAUGUUGAUGAAAAUUUAACUCUUUCUGUUUUUGGCAUUUUACAUUUAAUUUAUGAAAAAAUGCCUUCAGAACAAUAUUAUUUAUCUCCUGAUCUUAUUAGUUAUUUUUUCCUGUCUCAUACUGAUCCAAGCUUCCAAUUAUUUAAUGGACAAUUGAAGUUGUUUAAAGUUUUGACGAUGACGAUUAUUAAACAAAACUGGCUUGACAAAAUUUUGUUGAAUCCCUUUAUUUGGGACAGAAGCAAAGAUAGAGCGAUGAUCUACAAAGUAAUGACUUAUAAUAUGAUGUAUUUCGAUUACAAUCAUAUAACUCCAACAACUGUUUUGAAGUUCAUUAAACUUUUCUAUCAAAGCGAUUACAACAAAGAAUACGAACAUUUGUUGACAAAAAUCGCUCCUCUCGCAAACAAAGAACACAUUACAUGUUGGUUCAGCCAAGCUGUGUUCUCAAAGGAUUUGAAACUGUUAGCAAUUCUUAGAGCGCUUAUAAAUUGUGAUAAGAAUUUGCUGAUUUCGAAUCAAUACAAAAAACAAUUUAUGAAUUUCUGUCAUUCGCAAAUUUUGAAUGAUAAUGUUUAUAUAGUUGAAGCAGCAAUUAUUUUGAUACACCAGAUGUCAACAGAACCUCAAUUGAUGUCUUUGGAUUAUUUGAAUAGUGCUUUCAAUAUAUUGGUCACUUCACCUCACCUUAAUGAAGUUUUUCAUUUACUUUUAAGUGAUUUGAACAGUUAUCCAAAUCUGUGUAAUUUCAUGUGCAUUGCAGCAUUGCAAUUAGGAAAGAAAGCGAUCAAACAAUAUUCAGUUUUGAUGUAUCCGAUUAGUUGCAUGCCAUCUUUCACGAAACAAGUAAUUUUGGACCAGAAUUGGUUUGUUUUCCCAUUGAUCAUGUCAUAUGAAGCAGAUGAUUAUGAUGGAAUUAUUAAUUACAUCAUAAAAUUGCUUCAAAUUUCAAACAACUUUUUGACAGAUGUCAGAAACAUGACAGUUUUUACUUUAUAUGCAGAUAGUUUGUCUAUUCCUGGCAGCAAAAACAGAAUGAUUGAGUUAUUGACUUAUUUGAUAAAGAGCGAUAAUUACAAUACAGAUGUAAUGAACAAUUUAGUUGAAAUGUUGACUCUUUUGACUUUGUAUCAUAUUGGUAAUGGAAUUUCAAAUGAAAACAUUGAUAAAACUUGUGUAGAAACAAGAAAGACAUUUGCAUUGAUGCCAACAAGUAAUCUCUUGAAUUUUGUUAAGUUGGAUUUAACUAAUUUUCCUUUAAUUUUCCAAGCAAUCGUUGAAGAUGAUGGAAACUGGAGUAAUUCUAAAUUAGGAGUUUUCAUUUUGACAGUUGUAACUGAGAAACAGUUGAAGACAAGAAAGAUCUUCAAUGUAAUAGACAAUUUCAUUGUCGGGAAAAAGAACACGGAUAUAAAAUCUUUGGUCGAAUCUUCCCAUAAAAACAUGAUAAAAAUUGUCACCGCUGCCGUCAAAGAUUUCACAUCGAAUUUGACUGUUUCUAUCCAAUUUGUUAAUACUAUUAUAUCGAAUGUCAAUAGAAUGCACUACACAGAAAUGUCUGAACACACGAAAUUCGUUGUUUACGUCAAAGAAAGAACAAAGAAACCUCCGACAUUGAGUUUCGACAACACUUUGACUUUGACAUUUCUCCACAACAAGAUGAAAUUGAAAGAAAACAAAUUGCCACCUCACAAACAGAAGAAAAAGAAGAAACCCCAGACAUUGGUUUAUAGUUGUCAACUAAAGAAAAUUGAUGAUAGUUUAGACAGCCAAUUCUCCAUUUAUCAGACACAAUUCAUGAUUUCAAACAACAAGAAUUAUAUCUUAGAACAUGACAACAUCGAAUAUUUCUUGUUGAGAGGUGAGUAUUCAUUUGAAAUCAUUACUAAUGAAGGAAAAUCAUUCUAUCUUCAAUUCAACAGCAGCGAAUUCGCUGACAUUAUGAAAGUAAUUUAUAAUUGUGUGAUGAAGAACGCGAGAAUUAUACAAAGAUCUAUUUCUUCUUCUUCGUUUUCUGCAACAAAAACAUUGUCGAAAUGGAUUAACUCUAAGUUAUCCAAUUUCGUGCUUUUGAUGCAUUUGAACAUUUACGGAGGAAGAUCAUUUAGAAACAGCACAGAUUAUCCAAUCUUUCCAAGAGUUUUCGAUGAAAAAUUCCGGAUUUUGGAAGAAUGUCCUCCAUUUGAAAACGAACACAGAGGUCCUUUGACAGGAGAUUUCUUUGAGAGAAUAACAAAACAUGAUAUUGUGAAUCCAGAAGCUUUUUCAUUUGCUGAGAAAUAUGAAGAUUUUCCAAAGAAUUUCUCUUCUUCUCAUGACUUCAUUUUCCAACAUAGAUUGGCACUUGAAAGUGAAAAAGUUUCUAAAUGGCUUCCUCUUUGGAUUGACCAACAUUUCGGCACAAAAUCACACUUCAAUUCCAUCAUUUUCGGUUCAGUAAAAUCGAAGAAACCAAUCACUAUUUCUCCUGGAUCUUUAGAUGACGAAAAACUUUCUGUUGAAAAUGUUUUCCGUAUUGCGAAUUACAAGAGCAAAGUCAUUUAUAUUCUCAACGACGGCUCUGUAGUUAAAAACAACAAAGAGAUCGGAAAAAUGACUAUUUCUGAUGACCUCAUUUUCUGUCCACUUCCAUUGGUUACAUAUGCUUAUUCUAGAUCUCAGAAGUUAAUUUGGACAAUUGGAAAAGAAGUCAAAUCAUUUUUCUUCCCGUACAAAUGUUGUUGUUUCUUCAUUCUCAAGAACGACAAAAUCUGUUUCCAAUCGAGUGAAACAUCACUCAGUUUGCUCGACACGAAUACGAACGAAAUCAAGAUGAUCUGUUCUCUUAAGAAUAGAAUCGUUAAGUGCACAGGAAACAAAGUUUCUCGUUCAAUCAUUGUUGUCACUGAUGAUUAUUUAGUUCAUUCUUUCGAUGCAAAAGGAAAAUUCAUCAAUUCAUACGAUGUAAGGAAUGAAGUCAUUUCCAUUCUUCAGGCUGGACAAUUAGGACAUGUUAUCAUUAAAACAAAGACAGACAUUGUUGUCCUUUCAUGCUCUUGCUUUGAAGUGAGACGCGUUCCUCUAAAGCACAAGAUCUCUCGUUGGUUUAUCCAACAAAAUCUGAACCAAAUGGAUGUUGUUUUCUUCGAAUCAAACGAAGGAAAAAUCUUCGCAUUCCAUCCAGUUCGUCCUGAUGAAGUCACUGAGAUUUGUAGCUCUCCAGGAGGAAGCAUCAUCGCUCUCGAUUUCAACAGAGAAACAAAGAUAUACUCGCUUACAUUCGACAGCGGAAUUAUCAAACAUUUUAGUUACACCAUAAUAUAA